CCCUGCUCACCAGAUGUCCGACAGCUCUGCUUGCAACAUUGGCCAUUGGUUUUCACUGCCUUCACAAGAUCAGAAUUACUCCAGAAGUUGGAGAGUUUGAUUUAAAAGAAAACACUUGAACAAAUGGACAAUAUGUCUAUAACAAACACACCAACAAGUAAUGACGCCUGUCUGAGCAUUGUUCAUAGUUUGAUGUGUCAUAGACAAGGUGGAGAAAGUGAAACGUUUGCAAAAAGAGCAAUUGAAAGUUUGGUAAAGAAGCUGAAAGAGAAAAAAGAUGAAUUGGAUUCUUUAAUAACAGCUAUAACUACAAAUGGAGCUCAUCCCAGCAAAUGUGUCACCAUACAGAGAACACUGGAUGGACGGCUUCAGGUGGCUGGUCGGAAAGGAUUUCCUCAUGUGAUCUAUGCCCGUCUGUGGAGGUGGCCUGAUCUACACAAGAAUGAACUAAAACAUGUUAAAUACUGUCAGUAUGCAUUUGACUUAAAAUGUGAUAGUGUCUGUGUGAAUCCAUAUCACUAUGAACGAGUUGUUUCACCUGGAAUUGAUCUCUCAGGAUUAACACUGCAGAGUAAUGGAAGAGAAGUGAAAAAGAUCGGUCGGCACGACACUGUGUUGCCAGCUCACAUCUGCAUCAGUACUGCCUUUCUUACGUGGACUGAAUACAUUUUUGCGUCGUCUAGAACUGUGGCCACAUGUCGGAAAGCAAACUUCCGCAUCUGA